CGCAGCGAUCACCUUGUUACCAAUAAACCUCAUGUAAGGUAGAUCAGCUACUACCUCUUAGUACCUCUUAAUAUCCCAUCUAUUACCAGCACCCUCCCUUUCCUUGCCCCUUCAUUCUCCGCUGUCUUGUUGUCUGCCUUAACCAUGACAUCAUUCGAAGUGGAAGACGACGCUCUGAAGACGCUGAAGGACAAGGUCAUUAUUGUCACCGGAGGAUCGUCUGGAAUCGGCCUCGCGGCCGUCAAGGUCUUGCUAUCUCGCGGAGCCAAAGUGGUUGUGGGAGACGUUCAUACAGAGCCCCUUUCACCCUCCGACGCCUUCUAUCAGCAAGUGGAUGUGAGGGAUUGGUCCUCUCAACUACACAUGUUCAAGCAGACCAUUGCAAAAUUUGGUCGCAUCGACCACGUCUUCGCGAAUGCCGGCAUCGUCGGCGUGGCUACGUACUUUGAGGAAGAAUUUGACAAGAAUGGCGACCUGCUGCCGCCAGACAGCAGGACUCUGGAUGUGAAUUUGAUUGGCGUCAUUUAUACCUGCAAACUCGCCCUCCACUUCCUGCAGAAGAACCCGGAUGGAGGCAGUAUCGUUAUCACGGCAUCCGCAGCAAGUCUGGGUCCCUUUGCGCUCACGGACUAUAAUGUGUCUAAGCACGGCGUUCUUGGUCUGAUGCGUGGUCUCACUGCCAACCUGGCGCAGUUUCCCGGCAACAAGCUUCGUGUGAACUGCCUCGCUCCCCUUUGGACGGCUUCAGGCAUGGUGCCAGAAGAGAAGAUGAAAGGUCUUGGCGUGUCCACUCAGUCACCCAACGUCGUUGCGAACUGCGCCGCCGGGUUGAUGGCCGACGAGACACGCAAUGGACAAGUCAUCUAUUCGAGGCGAGGGGAGUGCAAGGACGUCGAGGGCGCGUUGCUGGAGCGAGCACUCGCUCUGAUGGCGGUCGAGGCGGAGGACAACCCGCCGGACGACGAAGCGCAGGUGAGGAUGAACGAGAUGCUCAUGGGCAGGUAGACUGGCUGCUUGAUCUCGAGUAAAAUAGCGUUUGCUCAACACAUAGCCAUCUGUGCGCUUUAGGAGGGAUUGAUAGUGCUCACUCAUUCAUCAGCAAAGGGUGGGGUUGGUGGGCGAAGACACGAUCAGCCGCGAAAUUAAUAAAGGCGGGGUAUGAUGUCGGAAGUGAAGCUCCGUCAAAACAAACUUCCUAGUUGGGAAGCUUACUGGAGGUCGUCGGAUAGCCUCACGUCCCGCUGACCAUUCCGGCGA